AUGCGUACUCGUGUCGAAGUUUUGGAGAUGUUUCUUGUGGAGCUAAUGGUUAAGGUUGAUCCGCUCCAUUCUAAUUUUGAUCAGCUUCGUAAGGACUUCUUGGACGAAGUUGACACUACUAUUCAUACUCUUCCUAAUGACGACUUCGGUGAUCGUUGCCGUGAUGCUCCAAGUCGAAUUCUGCUGAUUUCUAAGUUUGAUCAUCUUCGUAAGGACUUCUUGGACGAAGUCGACUCUACUGUUCAUCGUUUUCCUGAUGAUGACAUUGAUGAUCGUCGCCGUGAUGCUCCGAGUCGAAUUCUGCCGAUUUCUAAGUUUGAUCAACUUCGUAAGGACGUCUUGCACAAAGCUGACUCUACUGCUCAUCCUCUUCCCGAUGACGACGUCAGUGAUCGUCGUCGUGAUGCUUUGAGUCGAAUUCUGUCUUACAUAUCGAUAUUGUCGGCGAUAUUUCACCGAUAA